UUUACAAAAAUUCAACGGGUCGUGCAUAUAAAUGGUGGUCAAAUAAAAAAAAAAUUGAUUUUGUGGCAUAAAAAUUUCUCGGCACAAUUGUUAAUCGAACCAUCAUAACUGCAAAAUAUCAAAAAUGAACCACUCUUGGUGGGAGGCGGUCAAUUCAGAAUUUGUUUAUGAACAGGGGCAAAUACAAAGUAUGAAUUUAUUUCAACGAUGUUACAACGCCUCACAGCUUGAAGAUGUGCAGUGUAGUUCAGGGUUGGGUGAUUAUCAAUCGCCACAUUUCGUAAACGAAACACUACCGUUAGCUCCGCACUAUAGUUCUGUACAAUCGGAAUAUUCAUGUACUUUUCCCGAUAUACCGACGUAUGCUCCGUGCCAAGGACCACGGCCAUGGAAUUUUGCUUACUGUUACGGAUACUACGGGGAGCCGGCUUGUCCGUUAAUAAAUAUGGUCGACAUGGAAGAUUUCAUGAAUAAUGAAAAACGCAAAGAAAAAUCUCGCGAUGCAGCCAGGUGUCGUCGAUCACGUGAAACGGAAAUCUUUACAGAUCUAGCUAGUAUAUUGCCGCUACGUUCAGAGGAAGUGGAACAGCUUGAUAAGGCAUCGGUUAUGCGCCUAUCCAUUGCCUAUUUAAAGAUUCGUGAUAUGUUGGAUAUGUUUCCAGCAAAGCCAACUGGCAAAUUAACAUCAACCGAAAAAUCUAUCGAAAACAGUGACCAAUUUGAAAAUUUAGUGAUGCAAGCUGUAGAUGGAUUUUUACUGGUUCUGUCAGCCGAUGGCGACAUCAUUUUUGUUUCGGAAAAUGUGGCUGACAUACUCGGUGUCCAACAGAUCGAUGUGAUUGGACAACAAAUCUGGGAUUACAGUCACCAAUGUGACCAUGAUGAACUACGUGAUAUUUUAAAUGGCCGUCGUGAUUGUGCAAAAGAAAAUGAUGGUGCAGUAAAUUCGCACCAUACGAUGUUUUUGAGAUUGAAAUGCACGCUGACCAGUCGUGGUAGAAGUGUCAACAUCAAGAGUGCUUCGUAUAAAGUUAUUCAAUUGAUCGGACAUACAGCUGUUAAAAAUGAUAAACGUCAAUUGAUUGCGAUUGGUCGUCCUGUGCCGCAUCCAUCGAACAUUGAAAUUCCAUUGGGAAUAAAUACAUUUUUGACGAAACACUCGUUGGACAUGAAAUUUACUUAUGUUGAUGAAAAAAUGUCUUCAGUUCUCGGAUACGAUUCUGACGAUUUGAUAGGAAAAUCAUUGUUUGAAUUUCAGCAUGGUGAAGAUUCAGCAAGUUUGAUGAAAUCGUUUAAAAGUGUCUUAAGCAAAGGCCAGACCGAAACACUUCGAUACCGAUAUUUGGCAAAAUCCGGUGGAUAUUCUUGGAUCGUUACACAAGCAACCUUAGUCUAUGACAAGCAAAAACCACAGAGUGUUGUUUGUGUUAAUUAUGUUAUUAGUGGUAUCGAAAACGAAAAUGAUAUCUAUACAUGUGCUCAAUUGGAGGCGCGUCAAAAAUCUAAAAAACCAAUUGAACUGAAUACAGAAAUAAAUGAAAGUGACAAAGAAAUUAUCGAGAAAAAACUCGACAAACCGUCUGCAAUCAAUCGCAAUUGUACGCCAUCAACCGUCGUAAACAAUUUGAGAACGGUCAAAUUAUUGCCACCAUCGCCGCCAAUAAUCACGGAACAUAAACCGCGAUCAGUGACAGCAUCGGUAUUUUCAUCCGUUGCCGAUAUUGCGCCGUCAAAAUUGCCCAUACCAUCACGAGCACAGUCGGUGACUGCAUCUGUGUUUACGCCAUUGGCAACGCUAAACGCCCGAUCCCAAUCUAAUACGGCAAAAUUAUUCGCACCGCGUACAGAAGAUAUGAACAGGAGUCUUCUUAUGUUUCUGGACGAAGGAAAUGAUUCGACAGCUAACAUGCUCAAGGAAGAGCAAGACGACCUUGCCAACCUUGCACCAACAGCUGGCGACGAAUGUAUACCGCUCGAUGUAUCCACACCGCUAUUCGGUGAAAUGUUUGACGGAUUUAUAUUACCCGACGGUUAUGGGACACUUCUUCCCGACGAUAUCGGACAAUUUGACGCACAGAACAGUAAGGCGAAUGUGGAUCCAUUCAUGAACUACAGAGACGAUUCAAAUGACACAAUUGGUACACCAAAUGUUCUAUCACCGAGAGAUUCGUCAAAAAGUCCCAACAGCAGCAGUUUACCUUCCCUCUGCAGUCCCAACUCAUUGAGCCAUGAUGACGAAUUUGCAUUUAUGACCAUGAACUGUGAAGAUGACAUCGAUCUAACGAUGCGUGCUCCAUAUAUUCCGAUGAAUGAAAAUGACGAUUUGCCAUUGCUGACCGAAGAUUUGAUGUGGAGUGCAUUUUCCGACGAAUUGAGUUUACACAAAGACAUCCGCGAGGCGUUACAGAAUGAACAUUUUAAGGAUUCCAGUCUGGCGGCCGCAUUACUAUCGGCCAAUAACAAUUUAACGCAAAUGAAUCAGAACGGUGAACAAAUGGAUUUGAAGAAAAGUCGAACAACAGAUCCGAAUGCGACGAACGGCGGAAACGGUGGUAUGAUUACGUCGGAGGGGAUUAUGAAGCAAGUGUAUAACAAAAAUUCAAAUCAGGACCAAUGGUCAAUGAACGAUCUUAUACAGAUCAAUCCUCCGCCAAUCAUAAAAACAAUGUCGAACCACAGUCCGAUACAACAAACUAAUACCAAUCGUGUUCUAAAAUCUCCGCCUCGCACAUACAACAAACGUCCGUUGCAUCAAUCGUCACUGGAACUGAAUGGAACGAAACGCGUUAAGCCCACAUUCGAACAACAACAGCAACAGUCAGCGCCUCAGUUAUUACAACAAUUGAUAGCACCAACGACUCAGCAGCAGCAACGCGUUCGAUUGAAAGAGGACCGACCGAUCAAAAUGGAAUCGACAGCGAAAUGGACAUUGGAUAAAAAUUCACAAAUGCAAUUGAUUGAACAGCAACAACAACAGCAGCAGCAGCAGCAGCAGCAGCAACAACAACAUCAGCAGCAGCAGCAGCAGCAGCAGCAGCCGACGUCGAAUUCGGUGUUGAAAAAUUUACUUGAUGACGUAUCGAUGAAACCUCCAGACAUCCUGCUCCAAUGCAAUUCACCGAAAACUCUGGCAUCGACAAUGGCCGACAUCGACCAAGACAUCGAUCCAUUCCAAACGAUCACCGAUCCGGAACAGAAUCCAAUUGCAAUCCGAAAUUACGGCGACAAAUAUCGCGAUCCCAUUACCAACGGAAUGGUUUUCUCCAAUCACGACAAAUUACUGGCCAACGAUCCGGACAUGAAUCGGUACGACGACGCGGCCAAUCGAAAAUUGUUAUUGCGAAAUGUGUCCUAUUCCACGUUGGACGGUGAUCCGUUGCCCAUGACCAUACAGACAUUGCUGCAGGAUCUUGGCGAUGCGGCACUGGAAUCACCGACACGAAUGAUUUUCGAUGAGAAUAUUUUAAACGAUGACGAAAUAUCGCGGAAUUUAAGUGAUUGGGCAAUGACCUAAUUUUAAAUAUUUUUGUUUUUACAUUUUCAAAAAAAAAACAACUUUUUUCGUUCGUAGCAUUAGAUUUUUAGAUGGAUUUUUCAACUUUAAGCAGAAAGGAAGGUUUUUGUCAUUUUACUAAUUUUUUCUUUUUUUUUCUUUUUCAUAUUUCAACUUUUGAGCAUUUAAAUUUAAUGUUUUAACAUAUAAUGAGUUUACGAUACAUUUUAGUCUACUAACAACAACAAUUUUCAUGUUUUGUUUCACAUAUUUUACAAUAUUCAAGAAUAAAAAAAAAAACUACAAAAUAAACAGCAAAACAACUCCAACAACAACUUAGUGCUUGCUCAUUUCAUAUAACUCAUUUUAUACAACAACUUGUUAUGUGCUCCAUCACAUAUUCCAGCCUACAUCACAAUUCAUUAAAAUGCAAUAUUACGAUUGUUAUCGCAAAGUGCUAAUUUAUCAAAAGAAUGUAACGAGUCUCUUUCUUCAAACCGAGAGCUUUUGCUACAAAUAGCGGCGACCUGAAUGAGAAUAUCAAUCUUAGAAUUGUAAAUUAAAUUGCCGCCUGUCGUUAUAUUAUAUUACCAACACUGUAAAAUUUCUGUAUUGUGGAUUCAAUUGAUUUUAUUGAAUCAACGAAAAUGACCACUCUUUUCGUCAUUUAUUAUAUACGCGACAGAGACUCGAUGGAGGGUAUAUUCAUAAAAGACGGCCGUUUUCAAAAUGGUUUAACUUGAAAGUUUUGUUACUUCGAUUUAUCCAAAUUUGAGGAAAUAAAGCACAGAAAGACCAAAAUGAAGAGUCGACGCAUGAACUGCCAAUAUAAUAUCGCUGUAUGGGCAUUUUUUAUAAUUGGAGAAAAAGUGCGGACGUUUUUUAUGAAUAUCUCCCGAUUCCAAUAUUUCCUUGAGCUGAAAUUACAUUUAUUUUGUUAGAAUUUCGAAGAAACGGUGGCUAUACUAAGUGGAUGAUAACAUCAUUAUAAUAUGCCAUAAAAGCAGUUGUUAACUGUGGAUUUUGCAAUAAAAUAGAAAACAGCAAAAAAAAUCAAACAAAAAAAAUUAUUUUUUUCCAAUAAUGUUUUGUAAUAGUUUUUAAGUCACAACAACAAUAAAGGGUUUAUUUGAUGACAAUAUCAAUGGUA